GGACCUCCAGAGAGAGACGCUCACAGACAGUUCCAGUGAACUCGGCUGCUCAUUUCCUGACACACAUCUCCGUGGGGGAGCUCGGAUAGAGACGUGCCUCCGGUCUUUGGACUGGUGCUGUCACAUACGCACGGAUACACAAAUACGCAUUUAGACAACACUCAUUUCUUACACACACAGAGAGAGAGAGAGAGAGAGAGAAGAGAAGAGAGAGAGAGAGAGAGAGAGAGAGCGCAGAGCAAACAGUCUCUUCGGUUCUCCCUCACUUGCACUCUCUCUCGCCUCCCUCCCAUCCACACACACACACACACACAUACACAUACACACACACACACACACACACACACAGCACGCCAGUAUAUCAGCGAGCGACUAGCGGCGAGCCAGAGGGGAGUGCAGAAAUGAAUGUGAAGAUUCUGACGCUGGUGAUUGUGCUCCUGGUGUCUCUGCUGUGUUCUGCCAGUGCUGGUCCGAUGGCCUCCACGGAACAUGGCAGAGAGCUGGAGGAAGCAGCUCCAGUGAGAAAGCUGGUCCAGCAAAGCCCCUCGAGGGGCGGUCAGAGCCACAGACCAGCCGGCUGGAAGAGGAGACGCCCACGGCCCCGUCUUUCCCACAAGGGGCCAAUGCCGUUCUAGAGCAAGGCACUGCUUUAAGCGCCCUCCCCCAGGUUCUGAUUUCUAUGCUCUUCCUUUGCCUUGGGGGGCCUUGCUGCGAAGGGCCUAUGCUUGCCCAGCCUGAAGAAUGAUGUCCAUAGCACCUGCUGGUUCUUCAAGCAACUCUCUCCACAAGAAAAAAAACAAAAACAAAACAAAAGAAAAAAUCAGGACAAGCCGCUCAACCCUCAGCUCUACGGAGGAACGGGGGAGGGCCGUGAUGGGUGGUGGGGGAGUUACUGAGCCCCGAGCUAUACGAUUCAAUUCCUCUGUCACCUUCAACGACUUGAUCUAGCUCUGUCUUCUCCCAAAUGUUGUUUUUCUUCUCCUAUCAUUUGCUUUUUUAGACACAAUCACAGCGGUCUCCUUGAGAGUCUCACACACGUUGCAUGACAUGCGGCCAACAGGGAGCCCGGUUCAAACUCUCUCGCUUACAGAAUCUUAGAGCAUCUGGCACUUCUCUAUGGUGUGGUUUCCUCAUCAAUGAGAGUUAAGGUUACAGCGGCCCACGAUGUCGCUGUGUAGCAGCUUAAUGGCCGCGCUAAUGGCAGAGGGUGCUGAUGAAACAACGGUUAAUUAGUCAAGGAUUAUUAUCAUUUGAUAGCUUGGAUGUCGACUGCUUAAAGGAGUCAACAGUUUCAUACUCAAUGAGAAAGGCAGGAGUGUUGCAUCUGACUGUGCUUUGCAUCUUCCAAUGACAUCCACAUGCACCAUCAAUUUCAACUGAAACAAGAGCACACAUAUUGUCUAAAUAAUUGAUAUAAGCGACAGAACUUCGACAAUACUUAGGAGAUUCUGUAAUAUGAAGCUAGUUUGCCGCUGGGAAACUGCGCUCCAAGUCUUAGUAUCGGCAUGUUUCAGCUCGGAUGAGCCUUAAACCCAAAAUCCCUUUCCCGGUCCAUACCUAAAAAAAAAAAAAAAAAAAGUCUACCACCUUCUUGCCACACGACUGUUAACUGGCGGCGGCGGUCUGCGCCACUGACAGGCCCGCCUUGCCUUUUAAUGAAGUGCCAAAUAAUGAAGCCGCUCCACAAAUGCUGCCGGGAAGGGAAGAAGUUACCUCUAUUUUCAAGUCAUGAAACACUGACACGCAUUUGAAGUAAGGGGUGAAUCAAUGUUGGCCCCGAUGAGUUCAAUUAGACUAAAGAAAAUGACAACGCCACCACGACCCUGGCCGAACACUCCCAGUUUGGAUCAGCCGAAUUGUAAACCUUCAAAGAGGUCAUCCAUCCUGGAUGCCUGGAUUUGUUCCCCCUGCAAUAUUCAAUGAGAAAGUGUCAAAAAUGUGAAAUCUCGCAGGAUCCACGCCCACUUUUACCAGGUUAUUCCUUGGCUCAUGAUUAGUCCAUCACUAAUGCUCCUACUGUCUAAUCCUACAGCUGCUUUAAACCUUUGACCAAACGAUAUACUGUAUGCCUUUCCAUCAUACUGGAAUAGAUCACUGUUUAUCUAUUAUCUGUGUUUAAGUCUUUAUUUUUCUCAGGGUGCUAGCAUAGAGGCUUGUACUAAAGCAGUCUAUCAUAUAAAACAAUCAGAGUUUGGAACAUUUAAAGCUUAUAUCAACAUAUUUUCAUAAACAGCAUUACUCUCAGUGCGUGUAGUACAAUAUAACCGUUUCCACGUCGCGGCGCUUUCCAGUUGUGAUCUUUUGCCUACUUCGAGUCGGGUACAGUUGCCUUGCCAGUCGGCCAGCUCUUCCAUGGCACAGGUGGUCCAGGCUUUGAUCCUAACCCUCGUUAAACCUCGGAGUUAAUCUUUCUCAGAUGGAUCUCCCCGCGGCUGACCGGGGCCACGUAGUCUGAGCUCGUUGGUUAAAUUGGCUUUGACUGGAACCCCGGCCUCCCCCUCCAUCCCCUCGACGCCCUCCGUCACUCCAUCGCCGGGCCGGUUCAGUGUGCAACCGUGUCAAACACCAAAACGUUUCGUCAUUUGUUAGGCUCGAGGACCAAAGCGCAAGAUCCGAUCUAGGAUACGUUUUGAUCUUAAACCCGGGGCCCCCCCCCCCCACUGUUUCUCUCUCUGUCGCCGUGUCUCAUGCAAAUAUGUUGAAUCAAAUGUACAGGCUUGCAAGCCUUUAUUAUGAGAGAAUUUAAAAAAAAUAAAAAUAAAAAAAAUCACAGUGGUAGUCGACACUGCCAAGAUUAUAGCUUGAUUAAAAAUGUAUUAAAUCCUUGGGCACCGUGAAGUGCAAUUCCAGUUGCACCAUUAUUAUUUUUUUUUUAAAUCCUCUCAGACAGAGAUGUAGAUUUCAUUAAAAGUGCUCGGGUGCGAGGAGGAUAGCUGAGGGACGGAAGUUCCGAUGCCAGAAGUCGAUUGGGUCACGAUGAGGCGUUCAAAUCGAUAUUCUCCGGCCCGCCCCCAUCUGGGAAGUUAUUGUAAACGGAACCAAACGUCUGUACCCGCACUGUUCUUCAUGAAUGUAUCCUCGCCGUCGGCAUCGGCCGCGCUGCCCUUCAAGAGACCAGAGCAAACCGACGUCAGCCCCAUUUGGAAUCUUGCUUAACUGAAUCCAAAAUUCCAAGCCAAAUAUCCCGCUGAUCCAAAGUGUCCGGUUUGAAGUCGUCUCAACAAAUACACGUGGCUUUGCUCCAAGGCCUCUCUGCAUGGGUUCGCCAGGCUGCACUUUUGCAAUUACAUUAUGCUGCUGGAAAAAUACACCCUGAAAUCAAGAGUCUCUUGGCUUGGAAUGUGUUUUUUUUUUUUUUU